AUGUCGAAUAUAUCCAAGUCCAAUUUUUUGAAACAGCAAUUUAGUAUUUGCCCCGCCAACGGCUGUCAAGCCGUUGGGGAUGGGGCUUUCUCUGCUGACAUUACUCCUAGUGUACUUGCUGUCUGCCACAUGCAGGGCACCGACGACAUGUACUACUACUCUACUACGUUCUCUGGUGGACCCGGGGUAAGGUCGUCAGACUGUGUGACAGGCAGUCCGGCGUCUUCAAUUUCCUCUUCUUCUUUCUCGCAUUACUCAUCGUCUCCCAACACAUCCAAUGAUUCACUUAUGCACCCAUCGUACUCGCCUUAUUCAUCUGUGGUUCCGCCUCGCGACAUUCCUAUUAGAGCAGAUUCGCCCUACGAUAUUGCCACCCCGCCUUUGACACCGGAUGACGAUGAAGACAACUGUGCCACUGGUAUAAUUACCAAGCAUUCAAAAGAUGCUUUGGAUCUUCUUUUGGCCAUCUUUCCUCGUGAUGGAUUGAGCCUUUUGCCUUAUGCUAAGAGCGUUAUCGUCGCCGCCCCAAAUAUGGGUGCUUCUUUCGAUGGUGUGGUACUCGAACUCCCUGGAAAGACCAAGACACUUUACUCGGUAUCUCUUCGCGAAAGCAUUGUGGCUCUCCUCGACUUGGCCGACGAACAACUCCAGUGCUCAGCUUUAAUAAUCGCAUUCAACAAGGUUUCCCACGGUCUGAGCGAACUCUUACAUUCACUCAUGUACGUCGGGGGAAGCGUUGUUACUAAACCACCAUUCCAGGUUGAUCCUGCGUAUAUCCUCGUCGGUGUGGAGAUUUAGGUGGACGGUCAAGGGAAUGUGAACUAACCUUAUGUGGUAGGAGUGGGCAUGAUACACGACCGAUUUGUUUCUUGAUUAUUGUAUGCAAUCAAAUGACUGCUUUCUGGAUGUUCAAUUAUACGCUAGCAUAGCUGGCCUGUCACAUUAUGAUCUUGAGAAGGACUGUUGGCUGAUUUGCCUCUGAGGCGCUUGAAGCUUAUUAUGGAACCCUGGGCCAAGUUGACUGACUGGGCUUAUCGUAAACAACGUUUUUCUUCGUUUCAAUUAUCAUAACAUGGGGUUGCUCGACUUUCUUUUCUCCAUCGUCAAAGCAUUUUGCGGAGAGUCGUCUCAGCCAGAAGGCGAAAAGCCUACUGGUGUACAGAACCC